AUGGAGGUCGAGGAGGUGGAGGCUGCGAUGCCGAUGGAGGUCGAGCCUCGACAAGCACCAGAGGCUCAAGUGCAAGAACCAGUGGUUGGGCCAGCUCGCUUUCAUAAUUUUGUUGAAGUCCGGAACUACGCCAGAUAUGAAAUGGAAGGCUCCCCAACUAUCUGGUUCGACGAGUUCCAAAAAGCGAAUGUGCUGUCGAAGGAUGGCACAGACGCUCGACCAACGACUUAUCUAAAGUGCCAUCGCUACACGGUGAAAAGAGGUUCAUGUGGUGGUACUGCAAGGAUUAAAGACGAUACCCUGUACCUGGGGAAGGAUCACUCAUGUGGCGACAUAAGUGAUGAGUACCUUAUUUUGCAGGCCAAGGCACGGAUGAAAUUUCGAGCUGGGCAAACUACCGAACCGCUGAGGGACAUUUGGAACUCUGUCCUUAGCCAGUCGACUGAGGCCGUGAAGAAAAACCUCAAGUUCGAGGCUGCCGAGUCCAUCAUGAGGAAUAAGCGGAAGAAGAACCUGCCUCCGAUUCCCAAGAAUCUGGCAGAAAUGAAGGAAGCUCUCGACAAUGGACAUCCGUUCGAAGACAUCUACCAAGGUUUCGUCGAAUUCAAAGAUGGGAAGGUCGGAUUCAUUUUUGCAGACCCAAAACUUCUCGCUCUCGUUGAAAAGACUCAAGAACUCUUCGUCGAUGCCACCUUUAAAACACGGCCUCACCACGAUAUCUUUUCUCAACUGUUGAACAUCAUUGUCAUCUACAAAGAUUACUCUGUCGCGGUGAUGCAUGUCUUAAUGACAUGUAUGUCUUAA